ACACCGUAGGUAGUCGAUGAUCUCGCAAGAUUUCUCGAAGAAGACCUGUCGAUUUGUCAGAAUUUUAGGGAAUUUUUACAUCCUUCCGGAUAUUUAUAGAGACAUAAUGCAUGGCCGUUUGAAAGUGAAGACGACUGAAGAGCAGCAAGAGGCAAAGAGAAAGGAACGUGAAAAGAAACUAAAACUCUAUACAGCUGGAACCCAGAAAGUGUUUGAAAAGAGAAAGAAGAAAGAAUAUGAUGGGGAGAUCUUAGAAGUGUGUGCUCAGCUUCUUUCAGCAAAUCCUGAUGUCUACACACUAUGGAAUGUAAGAAAAGAAACAUUCCAAGUAUUUGCAGAGACUAAGUCAUGUGAUGAGAUGAAGGAUCUGUACGAUCGAGAGUUGGGAUUUAUUGAGAAUUGCUUGAGGGUGAAUCCUAAAUCCUAUGGUGCUUGGUAUCAUCGAUGCUGGGUUAUGGAUCAUACACCAAAACCAGAUUGGAAACAGGAACUCAAGCUCUGUAAUCUCUAUCUGGAAUAUGAUGAGAGAAAUUUUCACUGCUGGGACUACCGUAGGUUUGUCGUCGCUAGGUCAGCUGUAGCACCGUCAGACGAUCUUGAAUUUACCAGUACUAAGAUCAGUACAAACUUCUCCAACUACUCCUCCUGGCAUUACAGGAGUAAGCUACUCCCUCAACUUCAUCCUGAUCAAGAAAAGAAAGGGCGGAUCAAAGAGGAAAUCCUCAUGCAAGAAUAUGAGUUGGUGCAGAAUGCUUUCUUUACUGACCCCAAUGAUCAAAGUGCAUGGUUCUAUCACAGAUGGCUCAUGGGUAGAGGUGAGAAACCGUUAGGGAUCCCAGUAAUGUAUGUAAACAGCACCCUCAAUCAAAUCAUGGUGAUAUUCAGUCAACCUGUUAACCUCCAGCAGCAAUCGGUGCUGGUGUCUGUAAAUGAUCAAAUCGUAGAUGGAACGUGGAAGAAUUCAAGGAAUAAUCAAUACCACAGUAUCAUGUGGAUCUACACAGUCAACAGUGAUGCAUUAAAUCAGGAGAAUAGAAGAAAACUUGAAGUCAAACUGAGCGAAGAAGUUUGUAGAACAUGCCAUCUAGAUAAAGGCGUGACGGAAUGUUGGUGUAAGGACGUCCAAGAUUCAGGAUCACUCUUCACUGCUGAACUCAGUGAUGAAAAAACAGAAUUCCUCAAAACAGAACUAGAGUCAUGUCAGCAACUAAGAGAAUUGGAACCGGACAAUAAAUGGUGUUUAUUGACAGUGAUCCUUCUCAUGAGGGUUCUCGACCCCUUGAAACUAGAGACGGAGAUGCUUAGCUGCUUCACAACCAUCCUGGCUCAAGAUACCUACAGAGCAGAUUAUUUCAAGGAUCUCAGGUCCAAGUUUAUCAUGGAGAAUGCCAUCAUGAGAUAUCUACAGGAGAGGUCAAAGGUCACAGAGUCAGAGGUCAACAAAAUGACAUUUGAUGUAUCUGGCAAGGAGUUAACAACACUACAUCAUCUCGAGUACUUAUCAUCUUUACGAUUCAUGGAUUUUUCGACCAAC